AUGCAGGACGCGAAGCGUUCGGCUGCCGCCUUCCACGAGCUGGAUGCGCUGCUGGGGAUGAUCAUUGCGCUUCGGGAGGACCGCUGUGGGGCGGCAAACGGUGGCACUGGCCCCGACGAGCGCGAGACAAACUUGAAGCUCGUCUACGAGCAGGUGUACCGCUCGAUUCAGCGAUCGACCGAAGAGGCCAACAAGAUCCGCCAUGAGAUUCAGGAGUUGGACAGUUUCUGCCGGAAGGGCUACAUCCCUCCUGUUUACGACGCCUACAACGCCUCGCAGCAGGACAUCCAGAAAAUGCGAGAGCUCCAUCAAGCAACAGCACCCAUAGAGGACAAGGCUGCGCAAGAAGCGGCUAACACCUGGUCUGCGCCUGUCACAUCCCAGGUAAUUGAGAUCCCUCAUCUGCCGCUUUCAUGCCUCAACCAG